CGAACAAUGUAUUGAAUAUGGAAUAAGGCCCACGCACUCGAAAGGUUUAUUUGAAGAAGGAUCUGUUAGUCAACGUCAAUUAAACUAAGAAUAUUGAACGUGCCAGACGUCAACAUAGACAGGUUUAGUUGGCACUUAAUCGGAAAAUCAUGGCGGCUGUACCAAGAGAGAGCUUACAAGUGGAACCGGCCGUAAAGGCAAGAGCAGCUAACAGAGAUCUAAACCAAAAGAACAAUCGCGCAGCGCACAACUGGCUUAAGGUGCGGAAGGCUCUAGAAAGAGAAAAGGCAGAUUGGAGGAAAGGUGCCGUAGAUGAUCGAAACAAGUUGUUGAAGCAACGCGAAGAGCUGCGAAAUACCUCGCUGAAUUUGACGAGAUCAGACUCUUUGAAUUCUGAACAAGCAGCUGCUGUUGUUCCAUCCGGGGUGAGGCGUCAGAUGUCCCUGAAAGAUGUUUACGAGGCUCUGCUUAAAUCGAAUCGCGAAAAAGACGAUGCUAGCUCUGUAAGGAGUGUUAAAUCAGAACCCUCUUUGAGGAGGGCCUCGACAGUCAGCUUCGAACAGAAGCGAAUCGGACGAAAACCAAUUAACUUUUCUCUGCAAGGCUUACAAAAGGCAAACAGCAACCUGCAAAGUAAACUGCAGGCAAAUGAUAAAGCACAACGAUUGUCGGUUGACGACAAAUCUGACCACAAUACAAGGCCACAAUCAGGUCCGCCAGAAAGUCACUUUGAUUUGAACGAGGAGGAACUCAGUUUAGGCCCAACGCUUAAACUGCCGCCAAACCAUCUACCGCCUAUAAGACGGAGCGUGGGUUUUAAGCCAAGGGUCAGAAACUUCAACAAGGAUGAAGCUUUUAAAGCGCGGGUGCAUGGUACAGAAUACACACUUGACGAUAUCCGCUACUGUCGCUACUUAAGAAAGAGAUCGGGACGCACGCGAUCGGAUCCGACUGAUGCGAAAAAAAUCUCGCACUUUCAACGAAAGUCCUCCGACCAAGAGAGAUGAGUCAAAAGAAUUUCGUUCCUGAUAUUUUUUUUUUGGGGUUUGUAUCUAGGAAAUGGUAUAAGGAACAAUUACAAAUACAGUCGAAAAAGCGCUUUUCAAAUUGUAGAAAAUUAUUCUCGUGAAGAGUGCGACUUCUUCAUUUAAUUUGCAUUUUGUGCGAUUAAAAGUCACAAGGAUCGUAACCAAAAUGUUUUCGUUGCGUUCUUUUCAGUUACGUUCUACUUCAGAGUUAGAAAAAGCAAGAAAAAGAACGAAAAUUAUCGUUACGAGGAUACAUUCAAAUUAAGAACAAAAACGACGUCAAAGGAAAAGAAAGAAAUAUGGCAAAUGUGUUUAAUACCAUGCGCUUAUCUAACAGCGACAUCAUAUAAUAUAAAAUGGUAAUUGGUCCCCAAAACAACGUAAACAGGCUUUUAAGGAAAAGAGGAAUAUGCAUGCAGCCCUCUAAAAAAGGUAGACCUUGUAAAGACGAAAUGAAAAAAAGAAAAACGAAAAAUUGAAUUGAAGAGUUUUGUACAUGUAGAUAUUGGAGCACGUUCAUUUGCAUUUAAUAUAGCCACACUGCACGCGUCUUAGACACUGAAGGAUAUCCUAAGGCGAUAUAAGGUCUUCACUUAAUGUUAAUUAAAAAGACAAGAUUAAAUUUAUGAACCCUGUCUUUUAACAAUUUACUGAUAGAUUCUAAACUGCAUCCAUUCAGCUGGGUCUCUCAGAAGGCAAUUAUAAAUAUCCAG